GUGUACAACUUCUUCAACUUACUGCCGGGCACGCCGGUAGUGUACCAGGGUGACGAGAUUGCCAUGCGCGACUUGUUCAUUCCGUACAGCAUUUGCAAGGAUCCGAUGUGUUUGAAGAAUCCGGACAUGUUUGCGACCACCGGUCGGGAUCCGGAGCGCACGCCCAUGCAGUGGACUUCAGGUCCACAGGCCGGCUUCUCCAGCAAUGCCAGCACCUGGCUCCCAGUCAACCCUGAUCACACGACGGUGAAUGUCGAGACAGAGUCGAAGGACCCUACAUCACCUCUCGAGAUCAUGAAAGCCACGCUGGCAUUCCGCAAGAGCCAAUCCAACCUCGCGUUGGGACGCAUCACGCAGGUGCCAGACAUCUCGGGCGACCUUUUUGACGAUCUCAUCGUCGUGAAGUACCUCAUGGGAGCAUCUGUCUCUGCCACUGUGGCGAACUGGAACAC